AUGCACAGAGUAUCUCUUGAAGCCAGUGGGUCAGUUCUUGUCUCGGGGUUCAAAAAACUAGGAAGUUCAAAUUUCUAUCAGCACAGAAUCAGUGCCCCUGGAAAUAUGCAUCAGAUUAUAAUCAUCGGAGCUGGAACUUCUGGCCUAAUGAGCGCUCUACGUUUGGCAGAAGCUGGAUACGAUGAUAUUCUUAUUUUGGAGGCCGAAAUGAGAAUCGGAGGUCGGAUCCUGACCAUUCCGAAAAACGGCAAGUGGCUUGAACUAGGAGCUCAGUGGAUCCAUGGGAAGGGUAAAAACCCUUUGUGGAGGUUUGUGCAAGAGCACAAGAUUCCAAUUCAUGCCGAGGUCAAUCGAGAUGGCGAAGGAAGAUUCGUCAGGAACGAUGGACGAGAAAUGCCUUCGAGUAUUUUAGAAGAAACCAUGGUCAAAUUGGAUUUCAUUCACGACGACUGCAAUAAGUUCGCCAAGGAUCCCAAAAAGUUUGCUCAACUUUCCAUUGGAGAAGUGUUUAAAAAAGAGUUUGAUACUUGGUUGCAUGAAGAAAAAAUUGGGCAUGAGCCUCACGAACACACCGAAUGGAGACGUCAGUUUUUUCAGUGGUACAUCAAGUGGGAAGAGUGUGAUGCGGGAUGUGAUAGUUUGGAUGAGCAAUCUGCAGUAUCCUGGGGACAAUAUGUCGAUUAUGAUGACGAUACAAGCUUUGCGGAGGGUUAUGUUUCACUCUUAAACAAGAUCAAAGAACUCCUGGACAAAACAAAUGUGGAAAUAAAGUUAGACCAUGCGGUAACAAGCAUUCAAUACGAUUUGGAGGGUGGAGCCCAGUUGACGUGUGAAAACGGAGAAAUCUUUCAGGCAUCCCAUGUUAUUUCGACCGCAUCCUUAGGAUACCUAAAACAGCAUCAUAAUGAACUCUUUCAACCCCCACUGCCUAGUCGCAUGGUGAAUGCUAUUGAAAGUAUUGGUUUUGGAACAAUUGACCGCAUCAAACUGGAUUUCGUUGCUCCCUUUUGGGAUGCCUCAAAUCCAGGAUAUAUGAUCCUCUGGGAUCGGAACAUUAACGACGAGCCUCUGAAUCGCUCAACUUGGGUGCAACACGUGGUUGGAUUUGAUGCAGUGAUUGACCAUCCGAACAUGUUGAUGGCGUGGGUAUCUGGGGAAGCUGCCCGAAUCAUGGAGUCCCUCCCGGAUCAAACCAUUGCCACGCAACUCUGCGAUGUAUUGAGGCUGGUCACAAAGAAAUCUCUACCAGAUCUGAAAAGUGUUGACGUUACCAGAUGGUACACCAACCCGUUUCAGCUAGGGGUGUAUAGCUACCGCUCUCCAAAGACUGAUCAAAAAGGCUUGGGUCCCAAAGAUCUUGGAGAGCCAAUCAUAGUUCUCGGUCAGCCAAGAAUUCUCUUUGCCGGCGAAGCCACAGAUCCUGACCACUAUGGCACCGUCCAUGGCGCCUUCACAGCAGGAGAACGCGAAGCCAAAAGGUUAAUCGAUUUCUUUAAGGCUCAAUAGCGUUUAUCAUUUAUUGGUUAACACUUUAAUAAAGGUUUCCUUCGAUA